AAUUCUCCUUCGGUUUCCGUCACCACUAAUUGCUCUCUCACUUUCUCCCACGCCUCAUUUACUGUUUCAUUUCUUAUCCAAAUCACCUGUGGAAAUUGGUUCCCUUAAAAACCCCUUCUAGAAUUAAUUACCUCUGGAAAUUUUUUGGCCUUUAAAACUUCUCGAUCGGUUCCGACUGGAUUGGGUUUUCAAUUUCGUGAGAGUGGAUUUGUUAGCUCCAGUUUGAACCAGAGCCUUUGCAUGGAACCAGAGCCUUUCCAUGCUCGAGCUCCACAGGUAUGGCACCGCUCUUUUACAUGUUUUUGCUUUGAUUCGAGUUUUUUCCAAGGCUGACGUGGCGAUUCUCUAUGAGGAUUGCAAUGGGAGAGUUUUGAACUCCUCCUCACAAGAGAAAGCCCAAUAACUUUAUGUUUCAGAGAAUAAUGAAGGACCUAAGAGAGCUUUAUUUGGAAGUAGAAGUCAAGAAGUCAAUCAAAUGCUUUGCUGAAACAUCCAAUAAGAAGAAUAAAAUAACUCUGAGCCAUUGGAGAGAGGACUUGCGGAGGACAUUGAGAAUGUAUAUAAGCUACAGUGUUCGUUUCUGCAAUGCAGUUCGAUUUUGCCUCUUCUGGACUCUUCUACUUCAUUUUUGUCUCUCUGGGAAGGGAAAGGUCUGGAUGUACUCCUGUUCUCCUCUCUCUCUCUCCGUCUGUGUUUGCGCAUGGCUAUCAGGUUUUCUUGGACGACAGCAGAUACCUGCAGCGAAAGAAAUCUCACCCUGCGGCACCGCCUCUCACGGAACCACCGCCGCCACCAUCUUUCGGCUCGAAUUUUGUGGGUUCUGAAGAGCAGCAGCGACAUGCAAAUAUGUGCCUGAUCUUCCACUGGAGCAUCCAAAUUUUACAGUUGUGUAUCAAAUGACAGCAACCUUUACAAAUUCAAAAUUUGAAGCCAAGAUACCACCGUCCAUAUACUUGCAACCCAAAUAUUGUUAAAAACGAAGAAACAAUGUAAAAAUCCAAAUUUUACAUUUGGUUAUAGCUUUUGUGUAAACGGAGCUUCCACUGAGCUCUUAGUUCUGGAGAGUGCUCUGUGGAAACAGCAAUGCAAGGGCAGGAUCUGAUCGGUAGCACUCAAACAGGGGAUCUUAGGGCUGUGCAAAAUGGUGUACAAAAUUGCACGAGUUGGAAUUGUGAAACCAAGUCAACUCUCACUUAGAAGGGUUAACGAUUCACAAGCAUGAAAAUUCAAGCUCGGGCGGUACCCCCAUUUCAAGGCAAAUGAGACCAUUCGACGAUGCGCAAAGGCUUUGGGCGGAAUUGCUCCUAUAUUCGUCAUUGGAUGAAGAAUGGCGGAAGGAAGAAAGGGCUACAUAACUCCUUGGUCGCUCUUCUUCUUCUUCUUCUUCUUCCUGGAUAUUGGAUGAUGAGCCCCAAAUCAUCCACCGCACCCUAAAACCCUAGUAAAGGGCUAAGGAAAAGUUGGAUUUUGAAUUUGGAAUCGGCCAUCCCCAAAAUCAUAUCCACCCAAAACCCUAAAAAAAACCCCUUUCCUUUUCCUUGAAAGUGGCAGAUUCAGCUGAUUCUCACAAGAUUACAGGUGCAAGCGUGAUAGAAUAUGAGAUUGCUUGUGCCCAAUCUGAAGGUAACCACUACGCUUUCGACACACCGAGACAAGUAACUGUCUUCUUUGAAGACGGAAAAGCAGUGGAGUCUACCUUGGUGCCAUACUCAACAAAACUAAAAAAAAUGGCCGCGAGACACUUCUGAAACAGCUCCGGCUUGGCACAUCAAAACCUGCUCAUUAACGAAUGUUCUCCACCUACAAACAGCCUGCUUAUCAACUUUUGAGGUGAGGGUUUCUAUUCCUUUAGUUUCAUUCUGUAGAAUAUUGCAUUCGGUAUGAGAAGCUAGAAGCUAGGUGAACACAAAAUCACUGAAAAAAUAGCCAAACCAUUAAACUAAAACAGUAUCUGGUACUCUUUCAGGGUAUGCAUGGAAUCCAAACAAUACCCUCAAGAGUUAAUAAGUCUUCACAAAUUCAUCCGUUUGAAGCUAGGUUCACACAAAGGGAAAAAUAGACAAAUCAUUAAAACUAAACAACACCUUUAACUCUUUCAAGUAUACAUGAAUCCAAAGAAACUCCCAAGAUUUUUAAGUCUUUACAAAUUCACCUGCUAUGAGAAGCUAGAAGCUGGGUGUACACAUAAAAUCACUAGAACAAUGGACAAACCAUAAAAACAAAUCCUGAUGCAUGCUUUGUUCAGAGUAUUUCCUACACUUUCUUGAUCCUUAAGGUUGCAUGUAUACGACUCAGUAAACCGGGAAAACACGUGUUUCUCUCCUCGUUGAUCUUGUCGAGCUCUCCAUCCUUGACAUAGUGGACAUAAACAUUUUGUAUUACUCGGAUCAAAUCCUAAACACUAUUCCCAUUUAAUUUCUCGUUUCUCUUUUUGUGUUAAUUUUUUUAACUUAUCUAGAUAACCAUUUAUGAUUAUGUUGGUGUCCCAAUUUCUGAAUUCUUCAAAAUCAGGGCCUUUAAUUUUCGUAUCAAAACAAGGACCAUUGAGCCUUGUUUUGUGCUUCUUUGAUUGGUGAAAAUCAAAGUAACAUUUGAGCUUGUUGAACUCACUCUUCAAAGUUGGGUGAUCGAUGAGUAUAGAGACAAACCUGUCAUAACUAGGAAACAAAUUAAAUUUUCAGGUAUAAGAAUAAUAUACCAAAUAAUUUAAUUGAACAACUAAUCAAUCAUUUGGAAGUGCUUUCAAAUGAAUAAAAGUGCUUUUAGAGAAAAUGUUUUUGGGUUCCAAAAGCACUUUCCUAGAUUGUUUCCAAAAACAUUUCCACAAAAAGCGUUUUUGGUCAUUUUAAAAGCAUUUCUAAACAAGCCUAAACUUGUUUACUUACUCCCACGAGUAAGCCUGCCCACCAUUUUUGAAGCAAUUGAGAAAUUAUGUCCUAUCCACUAUCGUCAGUGGGAAUUUAUCAAUGAUAAAUUCGUCAAAAUCUGACAAGUCUUGAAACCUUUGCGUGUGGCUGUCAUUCCUGUCCUUAAUGUUAAAAAUCAUCACAUCAUCGCCUAAGAUCGCAUAACUGGAUGCUUUCUUUAAUCCCCACGAAUCUAAUCCUUGUUGUGCAUGUAUUAUAUUGUCUUGAGUGUCUUUCUACACAAGUAAGCAACUUUAAUAAGUUCCACGUACACGUAUAGUCACACGCACGCACGCACAAAGAAACACAUGAACGCUUACUAACGAACAUUUUCCACCUACAAUCAGUGGACAAACAGAAACAAUUGCACCGACCUGUGGUGGAGAAUGCUCGUUAGUAAGUGUUCAUGUGUUUCUUUGUGUGUGCGUGUGUGUGACUAUACGUGUACGUGGAACUUAUUAAAGUUGCUUACUUGUGUAGGAAGACACUUAUGACGAUACAGUAUAUGCACAACAAGGAUCAGAUUCAUAGGGAAUUAAAGAAAGUAUCCAACUAUGUGAUCUUAGGCGAUGAUGUGAUGAUUUUUAACAUUAAGAGUGGGAAUGACGGCCAUACGCAAAGGUUUCAAGACUUGUCAGAUUUGGGUGAAUUUAUCACUGAUAAAUUCCCACUGACGAUAGUGGAUAGGACACAACUUCUCAAUUGCUUCACAAAUGGUGGGCAAACUUACUUGUGGAAGUAAGUAAACAAGUUUAGGCUUGUUUGGAAGUGCUUUUAAAAUGACCAAAAACGUUUUUUGUGGAAAUUUUUUGGAAACAAUACAGGAAAAGCACUUCAAGUGUUUUUGGAACCCGAAAAGAUUUUCUAUAAAAGCACUUUUAUUCAUUUGAAAACUUAAUCUUAUACCUGAAAACUUAAUCUGUUUCCUAGUUAUGAUAGGUUUGUCUCUAUGCUCAUCGAUCACCCAACUUUGAAGAGUGAGUUCAGUAGGCUCAAAUGUUACUUUGAUUUUCACCAAUCAAAGAAGCACAAAACAAGGCUCAAUGGUCCUUGUUUUGAUACGAAAAUUAGAGGCCUUGAUUUUGAAGAAUUCAGAAAUUGGGACACCAAGAUAGUCAUAGAUGGUUAUCUGGAUAAGUCAAAAAAAUUUACACAAAAAGAGAAAUGAGAAAAAUUAAAUGGGAAUAGCGUUGAGGAUUUGAUCCGAGUAAUACGAAAUGUUUAUGUCCAUUACGUCAAGGAUGAAGAGCUCGACAAGAUCAAUGAGAAGAUAAACACGUGCUUUCCCGGUUUACUGAGUCGUAUACAUGCAACCUUAAGGAUCAAGAAGGUAGAGGAAAUACUCUGAACAAAGCAUGCAUUAGGUGUUGUUUUUAUGGUUUGUCUGUUCUAGCGAUUUUAUGUGUACACCUAGCUUCUCAUAGCAGGGGAAUUUGUAAAGACUUAAAAUCUUGGGAGUUUCUUUGGUUUUAAUGAUUUGUCUAUUUUUCUCGUGAAUUUGUGUGAACCUAGCUUCUAACAUCUCAUAGCGGGUGAAUUUGUGAAGACUUAUUAACUCUUGAGGGUAUUGUUUGGAUUCCAUACAUACCCUGAAAGAGUAUCAUGUGAUGUUUUAGUUUUAAUGGUUUGGUUAUUUUUUCAAUGAUUUUGUGUUCACCUAGCUUCUAGUUCCUCAUAGUGGAUGCAAUAUUCUACAGAAUAUAACUAAAGGAAUAGAAACCCUCACCUCGAAAAUUGAAACCGAGCUUUGUCCAGUCUUGCUACAUUAACUUGUGUGAUGAACUGAAUGCCAUUAACUGCAGUUUAAAAAGAAGAAAGAUCAACGAGCACGUUCACAAGUAGGAGGGAGUUCCGUAUUUGAUUUGAGAUUUUUCACACAAAGGAGAGAGAGUAUAGUAACAAGUGAAAUAAGGUGCAACAAGUAGACAAACAUGAAUUAGGAACAAAGAAAUUUCAUGGACCCAAUCCAUCGAAUUUGACGAGCUAAAUAAGAAGAGGGUAGGUAUGGAGCACCCUACAAGGACGAGGCGGUGUUGGCUGGGCAAUGUUGGAAUUGGAUACAAUCACUCUCCCGUCUCUGAUUCAUCCGAUUUCUUUCUAACACAGUUGAACUUCUGAUCGGAUUUUCUUCCACUCUCUUUCAGAUGACUUCCCAGACAGCAACAAGCCUGCCCAUGGAGGAGGAGAGCCCUACAACAUCUGUGUUAAUGCUGAUGAACUUUAUUCCUCGCCCUUCAGAGCAGCCUUAUAUGAGUUGAAAAUCAACCAAGCAGGAGAAGUUUUGGGAGGAGAAACAUGUAGGCCACUUGAACCUGUUCACUGGUUCUUCGAUCCAAAAAAAUCAUCUGAGUUCCCAGUCCCAGUCCCCGAUUAUAUUAUAUUGGACGGUGUGAGGUACGGCAGCCCCUCCAAGCUUUACCAUCUUACUGAUCCAGCAUCCUUCCCCCUUAUAACAAAUCCAUCGUUUGAGUGUUAUAAUCCCAAGGACAUUUGGGAGCCUCUCAAUCCUUUUCCAAAAUAUGGUCAGAAAACGGGACCUUCCUAUGUGGAGUUAUGGGCUCGACUGUUUGUUACGGUUGUAUUUUCUAAUUUCAUUGUAUGACUUUGGACCAUCUGAGUUCGUGCUUUUUUCACAUUGCCAGUGAAACAUGGCACCCAGUUUACGUACCUACAGUUGAUGAUGAUAUGACUGGUACUAAGCCUUAUCCUUCUUUUGUGGGGAGGGCUGUCGUCGUAAACGAUGUUAUCUACGCCGCAUCUACAGUGAGCGGGGUUAUCAUAUCUUCUCUCUUGGGAUGGAUUCAGAUCCUAGUGGUCGCAUUCUCUUUACCGUAAAGAAUCUAUUCAAGUUUCCGGAGUUCACAAGUUUCCUUGAGUUGGACAACACUGUAACAGAGUCUUUGGUUCAUUUGGGGGAAUUAAGAUUUUGUCUCCUGCAAACUUUCUUUUGCAGCAGGGGCAGGGGAUUUCAACCUCUGUGGAUCACAACAUUAGAAAUUGUCAAUGACGGUUCAGGGGAAAGGUGUAUCAAGACUUUAUGUUCUGUUGGUCGUGACAUUGAUAUUCAGAUUUCUGGUGGAUUCGAACUUGGUUACUGCUUCACACCACAAUUUAAGGAUCUUGAACCCGAAGAAGACAACAAAUUUCAGGCAGCGAUGGUACAGUGGGCAGCCAGACGGAGAGGCAAAACGAAGGAAAAUAAUAAGUUCAUCAGACAAUUUGAUGAAUUUGAACUCAGUGGAGACAAGAAAGUGCAGCUAAAGCUGGUACAGCAGUGGUUAGCCAGAGAGAGAAGCAAAAUGAAGGAAAAGAAUUCCAAUAGUAAGCCUGAGGUUUUGGAAGCCAAUGCCGGAGAAACUAACAAGUUGGCUAAGAAUUUUGGAUCCAAAGAAGAAGAGACUGACAAGUCGACGGAAGAUGUUAUACAUAAAGAAGAUGAGACUGAUGAGUUGGCCAAGGAUUUUGCACCCAAAGAAGGGACUGACAAGCUGGAUAAGAAAAGGGCGGAAGUUUCACAGGGUGCAGCCAAGAAGAGAAGGAAAAGGAAUAAAAAGAAGAAACUGGCUGGUAGAACUGGAGCAAGCAUCGCGCUUCUGUCUUUUUUGUCAGGUUUGUACAUGGGAGCCGCAAACUUGCCAGGUCUGGUGUCGAGAAGUGUGAUGGACGGGCUCGUCUCAAGGUUUACAAGUCUGCUGCCAAGAAGAGUAAUAGGCUGGCUCUCAGCAUAAGCAUCCAAGUGAUUCGGAAGACCUCUAAUACAAUGUUGUGCUUUUCUGGGUUUUCGAUGGGUCGCGCUAACAUUUUCGUCGUGCAACUCUGUCUCUUGCACGUUCUUAAUCUGUUGGGUUGCGAACAUCAUCGUGUCGAUGUUUAUUGCUUUGCCUUGGACCACAAGCAAUAGAUGGAGAACGUGAUUAAGAACGUCGACACGACGAUGUUCGUAACCCCUAUUGCUUUAGUGUCGAUUUUCAUUGUCGUGAGCUGAUUUUCAUACGUUGUUUUAAAAGGAAAUUUGGAUUUGAUGUAAGUUAAGAACAGCAGGGAAUGAAAAUUAAAUUAGUUUUGGUUUUAUUUGUCUUUUGGAUCUCGAUGGCAAUUUCGUAAAUUAAGUGAAGAUGUGUUAACGGA